AUGGCUUCUCGCAUUCUCCACCCCGGCGCUUCCCCUCUUCUCCUCGCCCCGCUCCUCUCCUCAACCUGCACCCUUCUCUACGCCCACGACCAACACUUCUUCUUAUCCUUGUUCAAUCAUCCCACAGUCCGCAACCAAUCAAAGCCUCUGAUAAAUCCCUACUACAAAGAGUUCUUCUCCCGCGGGCUCCCGAUCGUGCUCAGCUUCCUCGCGGUCUCUGCUGGCACGGCUCUCGCCAACUUGAAAGUGAACCAGACCUUGCUUCAAACCAAGGGCACCUUUUGGUGGUACGUCGCGGGCGCGGGUCUGUCACUGGGACACUUGGCUUAUGUUCCGUUCAUCGCGCCGCAUGUGCAAACGCUUGUGGAUGGAAACGAGGGGGAGGAUAUGAAUGAGGCGCUGGAUAAGUGGUUGGUCGUGAACUGGAGACGGAUGCUCACAGUGGAUCUGGGGGCUUGGGUUGCUUUUGGAGUUGCUGUUCUUGGGACGCUAUAG